AUGUUCUAUUCAGAAACGCUUCUGUCAAAGACGGGCCCGCUCGCCCGUGUCUGGCUGGCUGCCAACAUCGAGCGUAAAUUGACCAAGAACAACAUCCUGCAAUCAGACAUCGGCAGCAGUGUCCAUACCAUCAUCAAGAAUGACCAAGCCCCUAUCGCUUUGCGCUUGAGCGGUCAGCUCUUGCUAGGUGUCGUUCGUAUCUACAGUAGAAAGGCUCGCUAUCUGUUGGAUGACUGCAAUGAAGCUCUCAUGAAGAUCAAACUCGCCUUCCGACCCGGAAAUGUCGACCUUCCUUCUAACCAAUCCCAUACCGCAAACCCUGCCGCCUUGGUGCUUCCCGACACCAUCACAGAACUCGACCUUUUUGCACCGAUGCCUGAUCUUGAUGAGCUCCUACUCGACAGCACUCCUGGACCCGGCCAAGAUCCCACCCUACUGGACUGGGGAACCAGCCAACUUCUUCCCGAGAGCAUGAACACUCACAGAGACAACAGUCAAACGCUUCAGCUGGAGGAUGAUGAUUUGGGUCUUGACAUUGGCGAUAUUACUGAGGGCGCCGGAGGCUUGGAUACCAGCAUCGAAAUUGGUAGACGUGAACAGACGGCGCUCCCCGAGAUGAACGAUCAGAGCAUGCUCUUUAAUGACGACCUGGAUCUGGAUAUCGGGGUUCCCGAGCCUACUGUUGAGAAGGACAUUUCGAUGGCUCCCUUGGAUAUGGAUGACGACAUUGAGAUGGGUGGUCUGGAUCUUCAGAUUGAAGAAAGCAACCUCGAGGCACUGGGCCGUGCAGAUGUUCGCCGUGAGCGUGAUAGUGUCUCGCCACUCUCAUCUGUUCGUUCAAGCGUCGAGCGUGAUCUCGAGCAAACAUUCCAGCUCGAGCAACAACCUACCGAGAUCGAACAGGACGAGACCAUGAUUCAAGCCCAACAGCGCGCCAAGCGUCGCAAGGUCCUGCCUGCUGAUCUCAACACUGAAUUGCACAACUCUCAGAUUCGUGCUCAGCAAGAGGACCGCAGCAAAAUCCUCAAGGCACCCGUAUUCCUCCCUAGAGACCCCGUUCUCCUCGCACUCAUGGAGAUGCAAAAGAACGGUGGCUUCGUCUCCAACAUCCUUGGUGACGGUCGUAGCAUGGGCUGGGCACCCGAGCUCAGAGGUGUCUUGUCUCUCGAGGUCGUGCGCACAGCUGGUGAGCUGAAGCGUAAGAGAGACAGCGGUCUUCCCCAAAUCGAGAUUCCUGAGGAAGAGGAGGAGCCUCUCGCUCUCGAUACUGCCGCUUCACCUGCACCUGCAGAUCCUCAAGACCCCACACUUGGUGCUGAUGACAUCGCUCCCGCGUUUGGCGGUGAUGAUAUUCCUUCCAUCAUCGAGCCCGCACAGGAAGACGAGAUGGAGGCUUACUCUCCCGCCCCCGCUUUCGACGAGACCACCAUGCCCCUUCUUCACCCUGCCGACUCUGGUCCUGUCUCGCUUGGCACCAAGCACGCCGUUCACCUCUUGCGCGAACACUUCUCUGACGAAACUGGUGAACCACCAUCACCCAACACCCGCGCUCAACGUAGCGUUCUUUUCACCGACUUCUGCCCCGAGGCACGCACUAGCAAGCAAGACGCAACCAAGAUGUUCUUCGAGGUGCUCGUUCUCGGUACAAAGGAUGCCGUCAAGGUGGAGCAAGGCUCGGACGAGUUGGGUGCACCCCUUCGUAUCCGGGGUAAGAGAGGCCUCUGGGGCGAUUGGGCCGAGAUGGGAGCUGGCGGCGAGAUCGCAAGCCAGCGUCCCGAGGUCGCCGUCACUAUCUAA